AUGAUAGUCAGCAACCGAAAAGAUACUAGUGCCCAGACUGCAUCAACAUCAAGACACCUUUCACUCGGGACGGCGAACAGCAGCUACAGUAUGGACUACAUGCCCCACAUGUCACACAGGCCCGAUGCUGUCAUGUGCCAAAGGGCUUUUCGCAGAUCAGAGGGUCUUCCCUUAAGGCAGUUAUUUUCUCAUCAUGACGUCCCCUCCUCCCACUGCCUGGUGUCACAGUAUGAUGAGUCAUACGGGCGGCAGGCCUCCUCCUCUCUGCCCACACUGCACUCCUGGAACUCUUUCAAACUGGCCAGGGUCCCAGAGAGGUCAGAUCACCCAAUCCAAGGCCCCCCUACUAAUGUUGGCUUGGCGGCUUCUUGGCGGGCUCGCAUGGAGCAACAGCGGGCAGUUGUGCCCACACUAAGCGAGUAUAGGGCUUCAUACCCUCUGCACCCCAUCAGUGCCUUCUGUUAUUCUCACCACGUCAGCAUGCCCAAGCGCUUCUCCAGCAGUCAGCUCCCUGCCAACCUCAGCAACGAGGACCUGGCACUGAAACACAAACCCUGCAGGCAGGUCUCCAGUAAUCCAGCCAGCCUGCUGUGACCCUUACCCCACCUUCAGCCCUCCAGUACCACACAGACUGGCCUCAACCUGGGUAGAGGGCUCGGAGUAGCUUAUUUUAUUGAUUAAUGGCAUCUAAAACCAAAUAAG